AGCCAAGAGGGCAGGUGAGAGUGGACCGAGCGGGAUGCUUCACCGCAGUACUGGCACACAGUCAGCGUUGAGUGUAGUCCGCCUGAAGGAUUCCCACGCGCUUAACGGACGGCGACGCGGUCCCUUCGUAGCAGCUCAAGCUCGAGCACUGAAGUUACUGGAUACUUUGAAACAAACCAAGAGAAGAGCGGCAGAGAGGAGGUUUUGACCAGCGGAGGAGAUUUCAGACAUGUCGGGACACCGGGUGCAGUUUGCAGACCCUCCUUCGAGUGACCACAAAGGAAGUCCAAAAUGUCACAAACAAAACAAAAGCAACCUGAAGGUAACCUCACCAGAGGACGUUGAACACGUCAGUCGCAGGCAGGCCUCCCCAAAUGGAACGGCCUCAAGAGGGGACGCCAAAGGCAGCCGCAGCGUCCCUCGAAGGCACACAUUAGGAGGGGCCCGCAGCUCCAAAGAGAUCCUGGCUAUGCAGCCAUCAGAUAUGGACAAGAAAAGGGAGGCUUUCCUAGAGCACCUGAAGCAGAAGUACCCUCACCAUGCCUCAGCGAUCAUGGGCCACCAGGAAAGGCUGAGGGAGCAGAGUAGAAGCCCAAAGCACGGCCCUAGCCCCCAGCCCAGUGUCGGCGACCAGGUCGACCAUCUAUCCCUGGCCUCCAUAGAAUCAUUGGACACCAUGUCUGAGGCUGAUGCACCCACAGCCUUCACCCGGGGCAGCAGGGUUCGGGCCAGCCUGCCUGUUGUGCGAUCAACCAACCAGACAAAGGACCGUUCGCUAGGUGUGCUGUACUUGCAGUACGGAGACGAGACCAAACAGAUCCGUAUGCCUAAUGAGAUCACCAGCAUCGACACAAUCAGAGCUCUGUUUGUUAGUGCCUUCCCACAGCAGCUCACCAUGAAGAUGUUGGAGUCGCCUAGCGUUGCCGUCUACGUCAAAGAUGACAUGAGGAAUAUGUACUAUGAGCUUGCAGAUGUCAGGAACAUCACAGACCACUCCUGCUUGAAGGUGUACCACAAAGACCCAGCACAGGCAUUCAACCAUGGACCCCGACCUCCCAACGGCGAUGCCAGGAUGCACAGUGAGAUGCCUCAUGCCGGCCGCGAUGGUCACCACCCUCUAAGACAUCCACCCAUGGGUCCCCCAGCACACCACCCAAUGCAGGGCGCACUCCCCCCCGCUGCUCACUCCAUGCCCCCAUCUCCCUCCAGAAUUCCAUUUGGUCCCCGGCAGGGCUCUAUACCUGGCACUGCCACUAUCCCGAGGGAUCGGCUGCCUAAUGCUAACGUUCCAGCCCGCUCCAUCUCCCCUUGUCCCAGCGCUAUACUGGAGAGACGAGACGUCAAGCCAGAUGAGAACAUAAGUGGGAAGAGCCACAGUCUAUCCAGGGGGAAUGAGGGGCUGUAUGCAGAUCCAUACCUGCUUCAAGAGGGGCGAAUCAGCAUGGCUACAGCCCAUGGGCCACAUCCAGCUCCUGGGCUUGAUGGUCCAGAACAUGGGAUAGGGGGCUUUCACCGUGCCUCCAUCCGCUCCACAAGCUCCUACGGUGCCCCCAGCCCCACAGACACUAUGGAUCACCCUUCUCUCUACAGGCAGAAGUCCAGAAACAGCCAGCUGCCUACUCUGGGUUCCAAGACUCCUCCCCCGUCUCCUCACCGGAUGACUGAGGUACGGAUGAUUGACAUCCCUAGUGGGCUUCCUCAUGGUGUCCCUCCUCAUGGUGUUCCCGUGGAAAGAAGCUCACCAGUGCGUCAGUCCUUUAGGAAGGAGGAAGUUACAGGGAUUAAACCCAGGAACAGCAUGGGAUCACCUGUGGUUUCAGAUCCUCAGGGUCACCUCCAGGGACCCAUCCCUGCUCCAGCUGACCAUCAGACACGAGAGCGAAUGAAGGCUAUGGAGCAACAGAUUGCCAGCUUGACUGGUCUUGUUCAGCAUGCACUUUUAAAGGGCCCUAACACUAGUGGCGCCAAGGAGCCUCAAAGUGAGAGACCGCCAAAGACUUCAUCUCCAGCCCACAGUGCUCCUAGUUCAGGGGAUUCUCCAGUUUUGGCUCCCAAAAGCCCCACAGUCCCAUCAGACAAGAGUUCAGCUCCUCUCAAAACCAACCUCCUGCAGUUUAGGAAGAAUGUUUCUGACCUCAGGAUGCAACUCCACCAGAUGAGACAGCUGCAGGUCCAGAAUCAGGAGGUGCUACGGGUGCAGCUGAAGCGGGCAGAGCAGGAGAUCAGUAUUAAACUUGCAGAGGCCAUGCGGCGUCUGGAGGACCCCGUCCAGACGCAGAGAGCUCUGGUGGAAGAGGACAGGAAUAAGUACUUGGGUGUGGAGGAGCGUGUCCUCACGCAGCUCAGUGAGCUGGAGCAGUACGUAGGUUCACUGCAGAAAGAUUCAGCGACAACACACAGAGUCGUGACCUUAAAGGAUGUUGAAGAGGGAGCAGUAACUCUGAGGAAAGUGGGAGAAUCUCUGGCAGGGCUCAAAGGUGAGUUCCCAGCACUGCAAACCAGAAUGCGGUCGGUGCUCAGGGUCGAAGUAGAGGCUGUCAAGUUUUUGAAGGAGGAGCCUCAUAAACUGGACAGCAUGCUGAAACGGGUCAAGAGCCUGACUGACACCCUCAGCAGUCUGAGACGAUAUGCAACUGAGUUUUCUCAAAAAGGACUUGAUCUUUCUACUAAUGUCUCAGUGGGUAACACCCCAGCAACAGCAGCCGAAACCCCUGCAGAAGCUCCCCUAGCAUCAGUCCAGCCUGGCUCAACUCCAGUCCCACCAGAGCCCCAGAGCUCCACCAUUAAAUCUGAAGUGAUGCCCUCUUCCCCAAUGGUCAUCCAUCAUGUCCAGAGUUCCCCGGUCCACAUGCAGCAGUCCCAGCAGUCUGCAGCCCUGACAUCUCAGCCCAGUCCUCCUCUCCCUUCUAGCCCCACUCACUCCACUGGGCCUGACCUGAGUAAGACUCAAGGCCGGGAAUCUCCCAAAGGAGCUGCCUCAGACCCACCGAGUCCUGCUCGUUUUAAGAAGACCCAUGGGAACCCAGUGAAUAAUGGCAACGGCAGUGUGCACCAGGAUCUUGUUAUAGAGGAGCUCCAGAACAGUCAGGACAAGAGCAAAAGCAGAGCUAUGUCCAUAGAGGUAGCAGAGAAGGAGUGGGAAGAGAGGAGACAGAAUAUGGGCCAUUAUGAUGGAAAAGAGUUUGAGAAGAUCCUUCAGGAGGCCCAGGCCAACAUGUUGAAGGGAAUCCCAAGUUUGGAGGUAGAAGAGAACCAACCACUGCCUGCUGCUGGUAUUGUAGGGCAAGGAGACCUUCACAGCCCUGCAGAGUCAUCAGAAGAGCCUCAGUCAGGGCCUCAGGAUUCAGAGAAACCAGCCAAGAAGGGACCCGAGAAAUUCCCAAAACCUUUAAUGGAGAAACCUGCCAAGCCAGCACUGGAGAGACCCUCCAAAACUGCCAUCAAGCCAGCAGCUGCCGACAGUUUGACCAAACAGGGGUCUGACAAAGCAAAUAAAUCCCCACCACCGCCUCCUCCGAGAAAAGCUUACCCCGGCUCCAGCUCAGGCAUGACCACAGCACGGUCUGGUGAGGUGGUAUACACUACCAGAAAGGAGAGUGUGUUGGCUCAGGAGGUGGAAGAAGAUGCUCCACCUCCCUCUCCACAACCCAAACCCACCAAGGUUCCACCAGAAACUAAGCCGAAGCCUGCCACACCUCCCCCUGUAACGGCCUCUGUCGCCAGAGAGGAGGAAGAUGAAGGGGAUAAAAUCAUGGCAGAGCUUCAGGUUUUCCAGAAGUGCACAGUUAAGGAUCUAGGGGUAAAAAAUUUGGUAGAACCCACCACUCGAAUUGAACCCCAAAUCAAAGAACUAAGACCAGAGGCUUUGUUACCCCUCAAAGAAAAAAAGCAGAGCUCAGAGCCCAGUCGAGAGGAUAAAGAUCCAGACACAGAUGAAAAUGGGAACUCUACCAUGCGACAGAGCCCAGGGGUUAUAUAUUACGUGACCGGCCAGAUUCCCAAAGAUCAGUCACCCCCAUCAGGAUUGGAAGAUACCCCCGAACACAGAGAGCCCACACAGCCUCCAACACAGGUGUCAAAUGUCAAUGUUAAUGACAAUUCUCCAAGCCAGCAACAGCAGCUGCCGCCUCUGUCCCCACCACCCAAAUCACCUGUUACGCCUCCGCCAAUAUCACCUAAACCUGUUGGACUUAAUGGGUUCAAACUGCCAAAGAAGCAAAUGAAGCAGGGAAAAAUCAUCAACAAGACAAACACUGAAAAGAAAAGUAAAAUUAUUCAGGAGCCCGUUUCUUCAAGUAAGAAUAAAAAGCCUGAGCGUGUGGAGACCACAGCAACCAAUGCUGUAGAAGAGGCACCUAAACAUAUUAUUCCUCCACCUAAAAAGACUUCCGUUGAGGACAAUGGUCCACUUAAAGUGCACUUUGAUGAAGGUGAUGAAGAGGCUAGCCUUAGUCCAGACUUACCUGGAGAAGAGGCGCCUCCACCCCCCGACAACAUUGCAUUCAUGAUCACGAGCACCAAGGUUCAGGCGCUGUCUUGUGGCGAGUACCAAGAACUGGUCAGUGCCAAGAAAGGGAGUGUCCAGACGGUUACUGUAGGCAGCGCGGCAAACAGAGCAAACACAGUCGAUCCUUCAGUGCCUCAGGAUAAUGGUUGUAAUAAGAAGCCGGUCAUCAUCAUCUUUGACGAGCCAAUGGAUAUCCGCUCUGCCUACAAACGCCUGUCCACCAUCUUUGAAUGUGAGGAGGAACUGGAGAGGAUGCUCGCUGAAGAGCGCAUUGAAGAGGAGAGUGAAGAAUCAGACACGGAGAGGAGUGGUGGGCUGCAGGUAAAAUCUGGAGUUGCCGAGGUGGCUGAUGGCAAAAAAAUGGUCUCCUCAAAGGGAACUGGAGACCACACCAGCUCAGCAUCAUCAUCUUCAUCUUCAAUACCUGAACUAACAGACAGUGGAGUAAAUUUAGAGUCAAAUGGAGAGGCCAAACAAGAUGGCAAGAAGAAGUUCAAGUUUAAGUUCCCAAAAAAACAGCUAGCAGCACUGACACAGGCAAUUCGCACUGGCACCAAAACGGGAAAGAAGACUCUACAGGUGGUUGUGUAUGAAGAUGAGGAAGAAUCUGAUGGUACAGUCAGGCAGCACAAAGAGGCGAAGAGAUUUGAGAUUGCACGUUCAAAAUCCUUCAAUGAGGCACAGAAGGGAUCAGGACCUGCCACGCUGAAAAAGCAAAACUCCGACACCCUCUGCAGGACAGAUGAAAUUCGGAAGAACACCUACAAGACUCUGGACAGCCUGGAGCAGACCAUCAAACAGCUGGAGACUACUAUUAGUGAGAUGGGACCACACUCCCAUGAGGAGCUGUCCAGCACAGAAGAUGCUAAGACGAGGAAUGGCAAAACCUCAGACCGAGUUGGGCUGAAGAGGUCUUCCUCUCUACCUACUUCCAGAGGGCCUGGCCCUAAGUUACCCAGCAAAAAUUCACUGAAGAACACUAAACCUCAACUCCUUCCUCGUCCUGUAGUCAUCCCUUCCUCCAACACCACCACCACCACCGUCCCCAGUGUUCCCAGCACCAUACAACAGAACACCAGUGUCACUUCCCCUACUAGUCGGAUGCCCGUCCCUUUGUCUGCGAAGUCCAGGCAGUCGCCGGGUACAACUGACAAAGCAGGAAAGCAACAAAAACUGCAGGACGCUCAGAGGCAGUUCCGACAGGCUAACGGAAGUGCUAAAAGAGUGGGAGGGGAUCAUAAAACUACUUCCCCCACUAUACCCAUCUCUAAAAUCCCUGCUUUUUAUCCUAGCUCUACUAAAGGCAGCUCCCAGUCUGCACAAAACUCAGAUGUUACUAAUCCCAUUAACCCGUCUUCUUCCUCUUCCUCUGUUGCAAAGUCCUCCGUCCUGUCCUUACACACCCCUCGUUCUGGUUCCCUUCCCUCCUCCCAUAUCCCCUCACUGUCUAACGGUUCCCUCAAACUCUCCUCAUCCUCACAGCACACAGGUAAAGCUCUCUCGUUCUCCUCGCAGACUCAGAACGGUCGAGUGCACUCCUCCUCCUCUUCAUUCUCCUCCUCCUCCUCCUCCUCCUCCUCCUCCCCCUCCCCUCUUUCGCCCACACCUUUGGGCCCAGGUGGAAAGAGCAUCCGCACCAUACACACCCCCAGCUUCACCAGCUACAGAUCCCACAACGGCAGCAGCGGCAAAUCCUGCAUCCCAGCAGCCACAGCAGCUAAGGACACCACUUAGCCCCAUUAUCACCACUCUGGCUUUACAGCACUGCAGGUAGAUCUGAUCAAGUUUCAUCUUACAUAGUUUCUCUCUUUGUUUUUGAUUACUUUUCAUUUGUGAAAUUUAUUUAGAAGAGUAUUAAAUGAUGCACUCCCUCAAUUCACCUUCUAUUUUACACUGGCGUUCGUACUCUGCUACUCUUCUCUCAUUUUUCGGCUCAUUUUCAGAUUUUUGCUUGGAUUUUGAUUCUCUCUUGGAGGUGUACCAGAUGUUCUGACAAAUAUUUUGUAAUGUAACUAAAAACUGUCGAGUUUUACCACUUUGUAAUUCAAGUGGAAAGACUGUCAUUGUGUUGAAAGUAUAUUUUCUUGCUGUAGCUAUGAAUAGGGAAUAUAGUUUAUGUAAAUCACAAAGACCAUGUAAAAAUGUUUUUAUUUUUGAAAGAAGAGAUUGAAAUUUCUCAUAUUGCCAGACAUUCAUUGCAGCCCUUGUAAAUGCCUUUAACAAAAUGUAUGCAAGAUGUAUACACACAUUUUGAAGUUAAACAUGUCAGUAACUUUACUUUUUUAAAAGUAUUUCCUUAUUUUUCACUCUGAUAGACUGCCAGUUUUUUUUUUUUUUCACAGACUUCACAGAAUUGUCACAGACAGGUUUUUAUUUUCUUCUGCCUAUUUGCCAAAGUUGUAAUAAGAACUCGCUUCAGGCCUAACUCAGUCAUGAGCUUUAGGGGACUUCUCAUGCACUCUCUUGGUUUGAUAGCUGAAGUGUUAACUUCUGUUUGUACUGCUGGUCUUGGUUUGUUAAGUUAACAUGUAUUGUUGCUGUUUAUGUAAUCUAUACUAAAAUUAAAGUGAACGAUCUGUUCAGCUACAUGUACAUACAGUAAAUGCUUCUACUAAGAAAAUAAGUAGUUUUGUUAACAUACCAAAGUUUGUUUGUAUGCAUGCCUUUUAAAUACUUUAGGAGAGUGGUGUUAAAGAUGAAUUAUGUUUGCACAGAUAGAUUUUGUAAAUAUUGGGUUUUCUCUUUUUUUCUUCUUUUUUUUGUAAAGCUUUAAAUCAUGAUAUAAAUGAGCAAUGUGGUAAAGACAAAAGUGUGUUGGAGUAGGAAAAAUAAAGACUUGCAUGCUUGUA